CAUGCUGCAGGGAAAUUUAUUUAAAUUGUAAAAUUAAUAUAAAUUAUUAAUAAAUCACACAUCACACUAAAAGAUUUAAGAGACUAAGGACUAACACAAUAUAAAGGAAUCCUUAAAAUGAUAAAUGAAAGUUACGAUGGAAAGGAAACACCAAAUAAGAAACGAAAACGUGAAUGCAUAUCGCGUUUUGUGAGCUCAACACCCAUAAAGACUGCAAAUAAAGAAAACUUUGCAUUUUCCGAUUCUUUAUGCAUGGAAGUUAAAUCUAUUGCUGAGCUUGUCGCUGAAAGAAAUUCAAGUAAAUUGCAAAAGGCUAAUGACUUUGAAGUUAUAAGAAAGCCACCAAAGAAGAAGAAAAAGAAUUCUGAAGAAUGUUGCUUUGUCAAUCCUUGCUUAGAUUUGAAAGUUAAUGAGAAAGUAAUUAAUCCAUUUGAAGUUGUCAGAAGUGACAAAAGUGAAGCGAUCAAACUUGCUCAUGGUGUUUCCAAUGCUGGACUGGAUGUUGAUGCUCUUCCAGAACAAAUCGAUGCAUCAAAAACUUCAACAAAUCCUUUUGAAGUUGUAAGAGAAAUUGAGUUGCCGAAAGAAGUCAAAGGCAUUGACAAUUCAGCAUUGGAAAUUAAUCCACCAACUCACACUCCCCUAAUGUUACCAUUACCAUUCACACCAACCGUUAACCAUCGCAUCGAUUUCUCACAAAUGCCUUGUAACUUAACUCCAGUCACAUUGUUAACUUCAAAACUUGUUCUGGAAAAUAAUGAAACCGAAGCAGCUAUCGGAACACCAAAAAAGAUUCCAACAAUCAAUGCUCGCAAAUCUUUGUCCGUUAUCAGUGAAGAAGCUGAAAUUGAUAUCAAACAGGAGUUAGAUAAUUAUCAGUUGCAACUUGAAAAUUCUAUUAACGAGGCUAAAUUACAAAACCGGAAGUUUGAAUUAAAUAAGACGGAAGCAAAUCAAGAGAAACCGGAAACCAAAGAAGAAGAAGAAAACAAAGCGGUAUCAACAUCUGUUGCUGUUGUCAAUAAUGCAACUUACACCAAAGAAACUGUUGAAUGUUGUUCUAUCAAGGAAGUCACUUCGAUCACUGUUGAAGUAAGGAGAGAGACCAACAUCGAUGAUGACAAUAACGACGAUGUUCAGUUCGAGGAAGUUGAUUCGUUUGAAGACGAUAUUGGAAAGCUUGGGCAGUUUAAGCGAGCUUAUCGUGUUGAAGCGCCAUCGACUUUCAAACGUCCAACUUCUAAAACUUCAACUGAAACUCAACCAAAGAAGUUAAAUCUGGGCGGAUCAAUUAGACGAAGCAUAAGAAAAUUCAUCAAUCAUAAGUCUGAUAAAACAAAUGAAGAUGAAAGUGACAAACAUGGAGGAAUAUUUGAAACAAUUCGUCAUAGUUUGAGACGUAAACCAAAACCAAAGGCAGAGCCAGUCAACUUUGAAAAUUCCGUCAUGGGACGAGCAGUUUUCAAACAAACUUCAACCGAAGAUGGACCAAAGAAAACUUUAGAACGAAGCACACUUAAACGUCAUGUCGUGAAGACAAUGAAAACUUUCAUGGAAAAUGUCGAAGAGUUUGAUCAUUACUGAGUAAGUUGUUGUACUAAUUAAUUAACUAUAAAUUUAAUUACCGAGUUUUCAUUGAAAUCUUUUGUUAUUGCUACAUUUUUAAUUAAUUUAACUUAACAUAAUUUAUAUUGUCGGUUGAGAUGAACAAAGAAAAAAUUAACAUGGGCAACAUAAAUAUUUAUGUUGCAUUCUAUGUAUUGCAGAACAUAAUUUGAUUUGUAACUUCAUCUAAAGUCUCACAAAAAGUAUUAAAAAUCAAUUAAAUUAUUCAAUUAUCUCAGUUUAUUUAUGAUAAUUUAAUUUAUUUCAUGAAAAUUAUUUUGGAAAAUGAAAAAAAAAUCCAGGUUAAUAAAUUAAGCUUAAUUUCUUCAAAACAGAA